ACCCCGGCCGAUGGUUUGUGAGGAAAAUUACGCCGAGAAAAGGUGGUGGCAUAUUCUACUAUGGGAGAAUAUUCACGAGAGGAUGUUUCUAUAGGGUGCAUUUCAUCGCCGGUCAAGCUUUGGCAUCGGCACACUCGGCAGCACACUAUCGAAGAAAAGUAGGAGCAGGAAAAGCAGGGAAAGCACGGAAAAGCACGAAAGCUUUUUUGGUUAUCCUAGGAGGCUUUUGUGACAGCUUCUGGGUCGUCAGCGGCUACGCGAAGAAACGAAUUUAAAAAGGAGGUGGAGCUCGCAGGAACAAGUAGCUGAUAGAUUUGAGUCGGCAGCGGGCAGGGUAGCGAGCAAGUCGGUGAGUGGAGUGGAAGUCACAGCGCCGAGGUUUUUGAGAUCUGGGAAGGAGGAGAGAUGGCGGAGAUUCGGGAGAAGUUCGCGGCUCUUGGUGGCAGGAUGAGCCAGAGGAUGAACAGCCUCGGGGACAAGAUGAAGGAGGUGUUUCAGGGGUCGAGCCAGGCUGACAAGUUCGUGGAGGAGGCGACCUCGGAAAAGAACGGCUUUUCUCCGGAUUGGGGCAAGAACUUGCAGAUUUGUGACAUGGUGAAUGCCGAGGGUCUCACCGGACAGGAUGUUGUGAGGGGCGUGAAGAAGCGGCUGAGCUCCAAGAGUCCUGCGGUGCAGCUCCUGGCUUUGGUACUUUUGGAGACUUGCGUGAAGAACUGCGAGAAGAUGUUCGCCGAGGUGGCCUCCGAGAAGGUGCUGGACGAGAUGGUGAAGCUUGUGGACGAUCCCCAGACGAGCUCGCAGAACCGGGAUAAGAUUCUAAGGAUGAUCGAGUCGUGGGGCGAGGCCACGGAGGAGUUACGGUACUUACCCGUGUUUGAAGAAACUUACAAGAGCUUGCGGUCGAGAGGCAUAAGAUUCCCUGGAAGAGACGAGGAGAGCCUCGCUCCGAUUUUCACCCCGCCACAGUCGGCUCCAAUCCAGUCCUCAUCGUUGGCUCGCGCUCAAAGCGACCCCAAGGCGGAUCCAAAGGAAGUUUUUGAUGUUGCUCGCAACAGUAGCGAGCUUUUGUCAACCGUGUUGUCGUCAUCACCGCAGAAAGAGGCUCUCGAGGAUGAUCUCACCACAGCGCUAGUCGAGCAGUGCCGGCAGUCCCAGCUGAGCGUGCACAGACUGCUGGAGGGGUCGCCGGAGAACGAAAGCUUGAUGUUCGAGGGCCUCCAAGUUAACGACGAGCUCCAGCGAGUGUUGCAAAAGUUCGAGGACCUGUUCGUCGGCCGAGCUCCAUCGGAGGCAGCGCAGCCAGCCCUUCCAACUUUCGCGGCCGCCGCCGAAGAAGAGGGUCCAUCGGAGGAAUCCCUGGUACGCACUCGCCAGAAGCAAAACGCCACAGAAGAAGGAUCGGCAUCGAUCGACAAGCUGGACGAGCUGGUUUUCGGCGGCAAGAGCUCCAGUUCCAGCAAGAAGAACACCAAGAACAGCGACGAUCUCAUUACCUUCUGAGCUCUCCACAGUCCUCGUAUCGUUCGUGUAUAGAUUUUUUUUCUAUCUUCUACAGAUUUGCUGUCUCUCUCUCGUUCUCAAUCUUUCUCCAAAGAUUGUGUGUCAUCGCAGGAAUUUGUUUUCUUAAUCACGCUUCGAUUUCUCUUU